AUGGCAUUGCAACGUUGGUGCGGAGUUGGGCUAGAUUUAGUUUCUCAUGAUAUCAAGGUUGUUCUGUUUCAUAACUAUUUUUUGAGCGCCAACCCUAUGUCCAUCUCGUCUUCCCCUGUGUAUCUGUAUUCAUUACACAUCAAUUGUUGGAAGGACUUACCAGAAAGCUACCUGCACCACGAAUUGAUUAGACACUGGUUGUACAACCCUGCUUACUUCAAGGGUUUCUUCUAUUGGAUCUUUAGGAGCCGUAAAAAUGAGUACGUAGUGGCAUUUGAUAUGGGAAACGACUCCUUUCAAAAGAUCAACUACCCUUGUGAUGCUCCCGAUCGAAAGUGCAAUGCAACCUUAGCAUGUAUCGCGAUUCAAUCGCUUUGUUUAAGGAGCAGAUGA